ACUGCCGGUUUUAUGAGAACGAAAUUAUUAGACACUCGUGUAUUUCGAGAAGAUUUCCAAAAGUCAACGCUUUUAACUUGUAGCCCCUGUCUGUGCCAAUGACAGCACUGUCUCGUAUGGAAAUGACGUGCAUUUUUACGUCUGAAUCAUGUGUUGACGUUGCCGGAUAUUACUUGCAGUUAUUGAUGGUUCACCUUAUUUUUUGGUGCAGGUGAUCCAAAAUUGUUUGGUGUACAAAUGGCGUUUGAACGACUGGAUGUUUUGCCUUUGGCCGUCUUCAUUCUUUUCCCAGCAACUUUUUUAGCGACUUAUAUUAUAGCCGUUCUUCUUGGACAUGUAGAGCCAGACUUUCCGUACAUUAGUGAUACAGGGACAUAUUCUCCAGAGAGCUGCAUAUUUGGCCAGCUGCUUAACGUUGGGACACUUCUAUUGGGCUUGGUGAUAUAUGUUCGUUACCGGCAAGUUGCAGAAUAUUACAGUAGCUACUCAUUGUCCCCUGCUGUACUCAGUCUGAACAAAAUGGGGGUAUGGUUUGGCCUGCUGUCAUGUCUUGGCCUCAGCUUUGUAGCUAACUUCCAAGAAACUAAUGUUAUAACUGUUCACCUUACUGGAGCUUUCUUAUGUUUUGGGUUUGGAACCGUGUACUUCUGGAUUCAUGCAGUGUGUUCUUACCAUAUGCAGCCAUUAGCAAAUAGUCUUCAGCUGGCCCAUCUUAGACUAGCACUGGCUGUCAUAUGCACUGUAUUUUUUAUUUUACUUAGCAUAACUGGAGUUCUGUCACACAUCCAAUUCAGAGGAAGCAAUCCACGUAAGUGGUAUCCUAACGAUGGCGGCUGGCAGCUACAUGUGAUAAGUACGGCAUCUGAAUGGGUUGUUGCAGUGGCCUUCUGUAUAUAUAUCUUGUCAUUCGCAAGAGAAUUCCGUAACAUUAGCCUAGAAUCAAGGGUAUAUUUGAAUGUGGAAAGUGGAGGCUUUAGCGUAGUAGACAGUGAGUGUUCACCAGUUCUUCCACAUGCUGCUGUUCCUGAAGGUGUUGUUAUUGUGCGACAAGGUGGAAACAGUAUUAUCACUUGAUUAGAGAUACAUGCAAGAUGCAAUUCUUCAGGUUCACAUGCCAGUACUGUUUGGUGUGAUGAAUCUGGAAGUCAGCAUUCUGUUGUGAUUAUUGCGUCUAGCCAAACAAAUUGUGAUUCUGUCCAACGAGAGAAUGAAGUGUUAGAAUUUAAUCACCAAAAUAUACAUUUCUCUGAAGAUGAUGUGUGUGAACAUGUGAACAGUGAAUCUCAAGAAAACUUUCAGGUCUCUGAAACCAGCAAUGAGUGUGCACAGCACUCAGUUGUGAUAUUCUCAUCAUCAUCUCCAAGAUCUCGUUGCAGUGAUAUUCCCGAAAACAAUCCAGUUCUUUCCUCCGAGACUGAAGAUGAUGGAGAGUUAGUUCCUAGCAAGUUGCUGUCACUUUCUCUCUCCCUAUUGGUGGCUGCAUUCUUCCAAGCCAUUCGCUGCCUUCAGGAACUAAUAGAAGACACAUUUAGAACACUACACUGUGAUUUAGAUGUAGAGUAAGUUCAUAAAGCCUUACACCUGAAAUUAUUUUUUAAAAUUUCAGAUUUAACAGUUUUAAUCAAUAAAAACUAAAUUCAGGAAAGAGAGAACACCUGCAAAUAUUAAGUAUGGUAUUUUUACAACGAAUAGUCUCUAUAAUCAAUUACACGCUUAAUGUAGGCCUAUGUAGGCUUUGUUUUGUACUACUGUUUGUGAAUUUUACAUGACAUUAUAAACUUUUAUAUAAGACUCUUAAGAAAAUAUAUAUAACACAUUGGAGAAAUGCCCUUUUGCAAGUCCAAGACAUUAAAAACCUUAUAACGGUGCUUACAUUUGCUUAAAGAGGUGAUUGAGACUGAAGAGAUUUUUUUUUUCUUUUUUUUAAUCUAGGUGAAAGUAAUGUAAAAUUUUGAUAUGGAAGAGCCUGGUACACUGUUAUUAACUUUCCACUACAUUCAUUUGUGCAGCCUCCCUAUCCUAAUUUCAGUCCAAUUUCUUCAUUAUUUCAUACAACUUAUUGAGUUGUAUCAGAGUAAUUAUUUCUUUUAGGCAAUCUGCCUAAAGAUUAAACGAAAAUUUAGAGUUGAUGACAAUCUGAGAUGCAACUUUGAUUUGAAGAAACUUUUUCCAGUAUUAUCUUUUCAUUGAUUUUCGUUUGUUUAUCUUAGAAAUUUCUCAUAGAAAAUCCUGUAUUUUUUCCCAGUAUUAUAUUCUGAAUUAUUAAAUGUUAUGUUAUUUUAGAGAAAUCCCAUUAGAGCUAUUCAUUGAAAUCUGAAUACACUACUUAAAAUGGCUCUGUAUGCAUAAGACAAGAUUGUAACACAUGAAACAAAAGAUAAAUUGUAAUAUUGUGUUCAAAUAAACAAUUGAACUUAAUUUAUAAGAAAAUAUUGUGUCAUUGGUUAUGAGCCAGAUAAUAACUGGUGUAUGGAAAUUAGUUUGUGCUUAUGAAAUAUUUAUUACCUUCAGAGUAUGUGCUAACAUUGGUUGAAAGUGCACCUGAAUCCAUCAUAUUUAUCUUGUUAGAAAGUUGCAGAGGAAUGUCGUAGUGAUGCAUGUGCUACAUUAGACAGGGUGUUUCGAUAAUACUUUUACAAACUUUACGGGCGGGUUCCUUACACCAAAACAACAAAAUUCCUAGUAAACGUAGUCUCUAAAAUGCAUUCCAUAGGAACUUUGUGGACUUGUUCACUUUCAUUACUGUGAAACAAAUCUUUUCUAUUGAACAAGUGCUCUUAAGGUAUGCAUUGUAGAGCCCAUGUUUACUAGAUCUUUUUUCUUUUUCUGUGUGAGGAACUUGUCCCAAAAGCUUGUAAAAGUAUUUUUGAAAUACACUGCAUAUGGGGUGAUCAAAAGUUCAAGCAUUCAGAUCACCUCAAGAUUCCUCGGAAUAUUUGGAUGCAAUAGUGUUUCUAUCAGACAUUAGCCAAGAGCUCAUUGUAAUAGAAGAUUUUCAUAGAGGGGAUGAUUUGGCAAUAUUUAAUGUAACAACAUAUGGCUCUUUUAAGUAGGAACAUAGUUCUUUGUAUGUUGAGAGUUUGUGGUGGAUUACCUUUAAUUAUCAGUGCUAUGAAGUAAUUUUGAUGAUGUUAGCAGUGAUCCUAUUCCAUGUUAUUACUAAAAGCUUUGUCACAUUUUUAUCCCCUAUCCACUUGAAUGUUUUUAUCUAUUUGACUUUAUUUUUUUGUUUAUUGGAACUCUGAAGAUGCUGUAAGAUUUUACUUGAUUUCGUAGUAGGUGAUAGAGAAACUACAGCAUCUUUCAAAAAACUUUGAAUAGAAUGUAUUGUACACAUAAGAAUAGUACAAUCAUUAAUUACAAACACUCAAGUGCCUAACAAUAUAUUGUCCAUAGUCUUAUGACAUUUGCGUCCAUUUUAGCAUUUGUGAGAUUUAUUUUUUCAGUGGCUGUGGCAUGCCCUUUACUUCUUUGAAACACAGCAGUAUUCAUUUUUGGAAGUGCAGCCGGGACUCAAGUUGUCAGCUGUUCUGGAUUUGGAUGUUGGAAUACCAAAAGCUUGCUCUGUCAAAGACACUCAAAGAAGGGCCAGAGGGGGUUGAGGGU